AGUGAUUGAGGUUACUAAAGAAGACCAAGAAAGUUGACGAUCUCAGAGAUGGCUGAAGUUAAGCUACUUGGAAAAUGGUUAAGUCCCUAUAGUUACAGAGUGCUAUGGGCUCUAAAACUGAAGGGUAUUCCAUAUGAGUACGUAGAGGAAGAUCUCUCCAACAAAAGCCCUUUGCUUUUACAGUAUAACCCAGUUCACAAAAAGAUCCCUGUGCUCGUGCAUGGCGGCAAUCCAGUUUGCGAGUCCAUGAUCAUCCUCGAGUACCUGGAUGAGACAUGGCCUGAAAAUCCCUUGCUGCCCAGUGACCCUUAUGAAAGAGCUGUAGCUAGGUUUUGGGUUAAAUUCAUUGAAGAUAAGGGUCCCUCAGCGUGGAGGGUAUACCGAACCAGUGGGGAAGAACAAGAGAAGGCAGUGAAGGAGAGCUUGGAAAUGCUAAAAACCAUCGAAGAACACGCACUUGGUGAGAAGAAAUAUUUUGGGGGAGACAAGAUUGGCAUGGUGGACAUAGCCUGUGGUGGAAUUGCUUACUGGCUAGGACUUAUAGAAGAAGUAGCGGGCAUAAAACUUCUCGAACCUCACAAGUUUCCGAAGCUACAUGCAUGGACUAAAAAUUUCAUUGAGGUACCCAUUAUCAAAGAUAAUCUUCCAAAUCGAGACGAUAUGCUGGUUUUCUUCAAACAGGCAAGGGAGAAGUUACUGUCAUCUGUAUGAAACCAUGUUGAAAACACCUAACACUCAUGGUUCGUCCCUACGAGAGGUGCUUUUGAGUCUAUGAUUAGUUCUGUUUAUCAAAGAAAAAUCUUUUUAAUUAAUAAAAAAAGGAGCUUCUUCUGUAUUCAGAAGCUUCUUGGUGUUGGCUGUUCUUUAUUGGAAGAUUUAAUUAAUGGGUGUGGGUACUUUCUAUAUU